GUAGGAGAGAGGAGUUUCCGCUAAGAUGGUUGUUGGUGCCUUCCCUAUCGCGAAGCUCCUCUACCUCGGAGUGAGGCAGAUGAGCAAACCUGUGGCCAAUCGUAUAAAAGCUGGGGCCCGUAGCAGCGAGUUCUUUAAAAACUACAUCUGCUUGCCGCCGGCGCAGCUUUAUCACUGGAUUGAGAUGAGAACGAAGAUGCGUAUUAUGGGCUUCAGGGGUGCCACUGUCAAGCCCUUGAAUGAGGAUGCUGCAGCAGAGCUGGGUGCAGAGCUGCUGGGCGAGGCAAUUAUAUUCUUAAUUGGCGGUGGAUGUAUGGUGUUGGAGUACAGCAGGCAGGCUGCCAAUUCUCGCCGAAAGGAGGAGGAGCUAAACGAGACCAUCGUAGGCUUACAGACUCAGAUAGCAGAGUUGUCACUAACAACGGAGACUCUCGGCGCUCAAUUGAGAGAGGUCAACAGGCUGCUGCUCUCCCUCCCUGCUCCCACCAAAAAGUGACUUGAUGUUCUCUGUGCAGCGUGCUGUUGGCCUGUGUGUGAAGGAGUCAAAAUGUACCAAAAUAUCAGUCACAUGUACAGCUUGAUUCUACCUUAUCCUAAACACUGGGAGGGUUGGACCUCUGUGCACUGUGGAGCUAUCAUUUGCUCAUUUUGAGCAACUAGUUGUAAAAAAAAAAAAAAAGAAAAAAAAGCAUUGCUAUGAUAUUCAUAGUGAAUUUCUAUGGUUGAAAUUGCAUGUUAAUUACAAUAUUAAUACAAGGAUGUACAGCACCACUCUACCUUAAAGUUAAUAUAUUGUUUGUAGCUCCUGUGAUCCAUUGAUUCUGAUGGUAGGGAAUUAUUUGGAAACUGCUUGUUUUUCAUGUUUAAUUGGCCUGAGUGAGUAUUAAUCCUACAGUUCAUGAGCCCAGAAAAACAGACAAAACAAGCAUCCAAUCAUAUCAAGACAUUAUUUUCUGGGAGCAUCUCCUCGUACAAUUUCAAAGAGAUUCUAGUUGUGAUUGCUGGCUUCUUUUUGUAAUUGUUGCUGUAAAAAUGAAGGUGUAAAAUAAAGUCUCUUCGUUUGCAUUUAGUCGUCU